CAUAAAGUUUUUUUCUCUCAACAGAAGAAAGGAAUAAGUCCAACUGCCAUACAACUCCACCUUCUUCAACUAGAAAAAAUCCCAAAUCGGAUCCCCCAAAUUGAAGAAACCCUAGAAUUCGAAAUUUCUCGAGGUAAGUGAGAGAGAGAGAGCAAAAUAGCUCAAUUAAGGAAGCGUCGAGGGCGAUCUAAUCAUCAGGAUCGCCGAAAUGCGCCAAUUCAGCUGGAAACCGCCUUCAAUUUCCAUCAUCGCCGCGCUCCUCACCGCCUUUCUCCUCCUCCUCCUCCCCGCCGCCCGAUCCGAGCCUAGUAUCCUCAGGCUUCCGUCCGAUCACCCAGAGACCGACCUCUGCCCGUUGAAUUCGGAACAGGAUGCGUGCCCCGUGAAAUGCUUCCGCCCCGACCCGGUCUGCGGCGUCGACGGCGUCACCUACUGGUGCGGCUGCGCGGAGGCCCACUGCGCCGGGGCGCGUGUGAAGAAAUCCGGGUAUUGUGAAGUCGGCAAUGGCGGGUCGGGCCCCGCGGGUCAGGCGCUUUUGUUGGUUCACAUCAUAUGGCUGAUCUUGCUCGGGAUAUUAGUGCUGUUUGGGAUGCUUUGAUCCGAUUCGGAGGGGGUUUUCCUUGUUACUGCUCUUACAUUUGGAAUUGAGCUCUCUCAAUAUGGGCUCUUGGAAGGUUUACUUUGCCAAUUAUGGAUUCAGAGAAAGAGUAACGUUAAAUGUGUUAAAUUUAGGUGUUUCAAGUUGUUUGUUUGGAUGAAUGUGUGACAUUAGAUGAAUUCGUUUGUGAGUUGUUCAUUUCAAGAUGGGCAAAAAACAAAUAUGCAUCAAAUUUUUCUUUUUAUCUUUUUUUCUCAUGCAUUUUCUGGUCAGAAUCAGUAUUAUACAGACUGUAAAUUUUAUGUAAAUGAUGAAUUGAGGAUUCUUAGUGUAA